UUUGGAUAUUGUUGUAUGAAGUGUACAGCUCAACAGUUUGGUGAACGGGCCGACACAAACUGUAUUUGGGUAAAUGUGUCAGACUCUUUGUGAAGCUACAGGCUUAUGUUUGUCUGCUAUCCCAGUUAAAACAGGAACAUAAGAGUCAAAAUGUCAGCUACAGAGGGUACACCAUGUCCCUCCAAACCUGAACCUAAACCAAGGCCUCCUGUCCCCUCAAAACGUUCCAAUGGUACCCCUGAACUGCCAUCCACGGAGAUUGACUCAACGACAAGCACUGCUGGAAAGGUGAAGAGCAUUGUCGACAAGUUUACCUUGAAUCCACCUUCUGCAGGACCUCUUGCUAAUGGCAACAGUGGUGAGGAGAGACCUAAAAAGGUUCCUAUAGUCAAACCCAAACCAAGAACCUUCCACACCACAGGUGAGCAGGCUCCUCCACUGCCGGUGAAGAGAAGUCAGAGCCUGAGGAAGAGAGAAGAAGAGCCGACAAAAACAGUAGCACAGGGAACCAAUGCUGCCUCUGAUGUUGCGGAUGGAAGCCGCUCAGCCCCAGAUGGGAAGGAGGUGGAGUCACUCAUGACAGGCAGGCUGAAGGCAGAGGUGGAGCAUAACGUGGACCUGUCUCGUGUGUCCUGCUGCGUGCGGAACUGCAGUUGUAUUUGCCAUCUGCAGAGACCUGGCAUGAAACUGGUGUGGGUGCCUAUAAAUCAGGAGGAGGAAAAUGGAAAGGAGAAAGAAGGCCUAAACGGUGAGGCAGAAGAAGAGGAAUACGUGGAAGAGAAAGGCCGGGAAGAACAGAAGACAGAGAAACAGCAACUGGAUGAGGAGGAGGACUUAUACAAGAGCGAGUCAUCUGAAGAAGAAGAAGAAAAUGAAGAAGACAAUGAGGAGAAAGCUUCACUUUCUAACAGGCCUAAGUUACCAUAUACACUGGAGCUGAAGAGAGAGCAACAGAGGAGGAGAUCAGACCCUGGGCCACACGCUGUAUUGAACAACAUCUCCUCUAAUGCGUCCCAAAGUCCCACCAGCCUAUCUAAAGCCCACUCUAUGGAGGUACCUGAGGAAGAGUCUAUUUAUGAAGACAGGUUAGAAGUAUUGAGUGUCCCCACGAAGACUCAACCUGACAAAGCCCUGACCAUCCCCACCAUCACAGUCCUUAAACCACCUCGUCGGUCCAAACCACCAUCUACUCCUUCUAAUGCAGCGUCCACCUCCCCAGCAAGUACGGAUGCAAACACAGAGGAGCCACCUCCUGCCAUUCCACCACGGGUCCCUAUAGUCAAGGGCAGUAAUCUGCGUCCCGGCACAGUGCCGCGCGGUGGCAUUCCCUUGCCACAGCCGACGGCAGAGGAACUGCGAGCCUUGCGUCCUUCCCCUCCUCUGCCGACCCAAAACGAACCCAGCCCUCCCCAAAGCCCCCUUAUCCCCCACAGACCUGCCCCCGAUCCACCCUGCAAGUCCUCUCAAAAUGGCCAGUCCCUCAGCAAACACGCAUCUCAGUCCCCGUCUGCCAAAGCUGUGGAACAAGAUGAGGGUGAGGGAGAGAAUACUGGGAAAUCAGAAAAAAAGGAAGAACCACGUGCUACCCUGACACGGACAAAAUCAAUAGACUUAGACGCUGAUAUGGAAGACGAGCCUCUCUACCAGAUCUACUGUAGAGCAGUCAUCAACAAUGAGAUCCGGCGAACAGUGUGCCGUAACAUCAGUAAAACCAGCUAUGACUACCAGCUCUCCAGUACGGACCCAGAAAUCUCCAAACAGCUCACUCACAACAAGCUUUGGCGAGACCUACCUGAGGUCAAAGACAGCGGCCUCCUGGACACCCUCAGCCCAGAGCAAUGCAAGUACCAAGAGAGCAUGUUUGAGGUAAUCACAUCAGAACUAUCAUACAUGCGCUCUCUGCGCGUGCUGACGGAUCACUUUUUAGAGUCCAGGGAUCUGAAUGAGACGCUCCGUGUCUUGGAUAAGAAGACGCUCUUCUCUUGCAUCCUGCGUAUACGGGAGGUCAGCGAGAGGUUUUUGAAGGAUCUGGUGGCUCGACUGGAAGAUGACGUGGUUAUGACAGACAUCUGUGACAUCAUCCAUUACCACGGCAAGCAUCACUUCCCCGCCUAUAUUGACUACGUACGCAACCAGAUUUACCAGGAGAAGUGCUAUACCAAACUCAUGCAGACGAAUACGCAGUUCGCUGCUGUGAUAUCCCGUCUGCAGGAGUCCCCCAUGUGUCAGCGUCUACCUUUCAUGUCUUUCCUGCUGUUGCCCUUCCAGCGAAUCACGCGUAUCAAGAUGCUUAUCGAGAACAUCCUGAAGAGAACCCAAGAGGGAACAAAAGAGGAAAAGAGUGCCACCAAAGCCUUGGAAUCUGUAUCCGAGAUCAUGCAGGAAUGCAACGCUCAGGUUGGGAAGAUGAAACAGAUGGAAGAACUCAUUGAGAUCAACAGGACGCUGGAGUUUGAUAAACUGAGGGCUAUACCCAUAAUUACUCAGAAACGCUUUCUGGAGAAACGUGGGGAGCUGCAGGAGGUAGCCAAGGGAGGAACGAUCUUCAACCUGCGCCCCAAACUCACACCGGUCUUCCUCUUUCUUUUCAAUGACCUGCUUGUUAUUGCAAACAAAAAGAGUGCAGAACGCUAUAUGGUGUUGGAUUAUGCGCACCGGUCACUGGUGCAGGUGCAGUCCUUGCCUGAUGAAUCGUCCACUGGGAGCAAUGAGAACUGCUUCUGUCUAACACUACUGGAGAACCACCAGGGCCGCUCGGUGGAGAGAGUCCUCAAGGCCCCUACACAGUCAGAUAUGCACAGGUGGAUGGCCGCAUUCCCAGGUCCCAAAGACCCAGACAAGGAGAUGGACGAGGUCAUAUAUGAGGACUGGGACUGUCCUCAGGUGCAGUGUGUGGAAAGGUAUGUGGCCCAGCAGGCUGAUGAACUGAACCUGGAACCAACAGAGAUCGUAAAUGUCAUCCGCAAAACCAAUGAAGGAUGGUAUGAAGGGAUCCGGUUGUCAGAUGGACAAAAGGGCUGGUUUCCUGUCGGGAAUGUUCUGGAAAUAACCAACGAGCAUGUCCGACGGCGGAACUUGCGAGAGCGGUACCGAGUGAUCCAAGCAGCCAGCUCCCUAACCAAAUCUUAAACUUCCUCUAGGGAGUCCAACACUAGAACAGGAGUCCUGGGGGAUAUUUGGGAACAGAAAUAUUCUGUGUAGUGCUCUGCUGAUAUGAAAAAUGGCUGUAGAGUUUGUUCAGAUGACAGCAUGGGACAACAUAUAUUUUAGUUUGUUUGUUUAUUUGUUUUGUUUUUAAUUGAGCACCAAGAAGGGAACGACGUUAAAACUGCCAUCCGCUGUAGUCAUGCCCAAAUAUCAACUGGAAGGCCACCUUUCCUGCAUGUGACGUUAAGCAGGAGUGGAAACUGCCCUCUCACCGAAGCACAGGUCUUAAUUUUUGAGAAAGCAGUCAUUUUUUUACUUAACGCCGACAGCUAUAAACAAGGGCUGAACUUAAGAUUUAUGUAUGUGCUUUUGGGUGCAUGUGUAUAGGUUUGUUUAAAUAGUUAAGCCCAAACUGGUGGUACAAGCUAGACACUCCUGUUUAGAAGAUUUACCUCUUCUGAGGUGUCUGUUUGCUCCUUACACAGUAGGACUCUGUCAGUCAAAUGUGUGCAUGACUGAAAAUCUGACCGGUUCUCCAGUCUGGUCCCUGUGUCUCUUGAAUUGUGAAGGAAAAAAAUAACAUUCUAGUCAUGCCUACAUACUGAACCAUGCAUUGCUGCCAUACCAGUGAUCCUGUCAGCUGUGCCAUUGAGGUAUUCUGGAAAAUUCCCUGUCACACUUCUGAAUGACUGCCUGUGCCCUCACCAUGGUAACACAAGUGUGUUCUGAUCGUGUCGUCAUUCAUAAAUAAUUCUGAAAUACUGCCAAGGCAAGAGCUUCCCUCCUCCAUCUCUCGAGAUUAUGUCACAUAUCCACUGAUGUUUUAAAAGGACUGGUUACUUCAG